AUGUCGUUGCAAGGGGUUAUCUUAUGGUCUCAAUAUCACAUAGAACCAAAUGGUGCAAAACAACCUCCUGCGAAAAGGAAACCCAUAUUUGGUGGAGAUGACGAUUCAGAUGAGGAUACCAAAACUGGAGAUGGUGGAAUAGAGGAAAUUGGUGAGCUUGAAGAGCCACCAUCCAACCAAACUGUCGCGAAGCCUUUACAGAAAAAGGGUCUCCAAAUCUCGAUUGGAUCGAAACCAAAACUUAAUCCCUCGAAAAAAGCGCCCAUAAGUAUGUAUGGCGAUCUUUCGAGUUCGUUGACGUCGAAGAAACACGCGGAUACUGCAGAGGAGCUUGAUGCGAAUAUUUACGACUACGAUGCAGUUUACGAUUCGUUGAAGCCAAAGAAGAAAGUAGUGGUUGAGGAGGAAGAACGGAAGCCGAAGUAUAUGAGCAACCUUAUUGCAGCGGCUGCAGUGAGAAAGCGCGAUUCUACAAUCGCUGAGGAGAAGAAGCUUGCGAGAGAAAGAGAAGCCGAGGGGGAUGAAUUCGCGGAUAAGGAGAAAUUUGUGACAUCAGCAUACAAGAAACAACAAGAGGAGAAUCGCCGGUUGGAAGAAGAGGAACGAUUAAAGGAGGAAGAAGAGCAGAGAAAGAAUAAGGGAACAGGGAUGACCAACUUCUAUAAAAAUAUGCUUGAAAGGGGUGAACAGCAACACGCUGAGGUAGUAAAGGCUGCAGAGGAAAGGAUUAAACGAGGACCCCAAGAAGAUGCUACAGAGGAUGAAAGCACGAAGACUGAAGCAGAUAUAGCCCGGGAAAUCAACGAGAAACGUGCGGGAACUAUUACAGUCAACGAUGAGGGCCAGGUUGUUGACAAAAGAGAACUACUUAAAGGUGGAUUGAACGUGAUACCAAAGGCAAAAUCAGCGUCUAAUGCGAACUCAUCAAGAAGCGGAGGCUCAAUGCCUAAUCGUGGAAGAGGUAACGCAUUUGUAGGAGCCGGGGGUGGAAAACAAGCUAUGCGUGAACGACAGUCACGAAUGAUGGAAGAACAAUUAGAACAAGCUACCAAACGAGCGUUAGAAGAGGAGGAGGAAGAAAGGGAGAAAAUCGAAAGAGCUUCUAAGAGUAGAAAGACUGAAGGCGAUAUUAUGAGCGCCAAGGAGAGAUACCUUGCUAGAAAAAGAGAAGCGGAAGAAGCAAAGAAAAGAGGAGAAUGA